UGGCCGACCGCUGUGCAGCGAUCCGUGGUGCAGAGGGCAACGGGAGAAAGCUGCGGUUUCAGCGGGGUUUUCUCCGCGCUUUUCUGGGGGUGUGCCUCCGUGCAGUCGCCGGGAUUCUUGCAACGGGACAUCGGACGGCCCAGCCCGCACGCGUUUCACGCAUUGAGCAUCACACAGCUCUACUAACAGAAGAACAUUAAGCGGCACUUCUGUGGAAAACCAGCCUGAAGGCAGUCAAUUACUGGGCUGCUUGUACCCAGACACAUUUAUCAGGGUUGCCAGGAACAGCCCUAUGGUGUGACUCCUAGGCUGACUGAGAAGAGACUAGUUCAGACCGUGGCAUCACGUGUUGCUAUGGCAACAUCGGAGACCCGCCGACCCAACAUGAUGCGACACGCUGGGUUGGGGGGGUUCCUGGGAGACAUCCCGCUACAGGAAACGCAGGUUGCAGCGCUAACACAUCAAGAUGAUGAUGUUGACCUGGAUGCGCUGAUUCGAGACAUGAACUUCGAGGCAAGGGAGCACGCCAUGGACAAGCAGCCCGUUGAUGAGGAACAUACGCCGCUGUUAGCAACGGACAGGGACACGCCUAACAACAGCUUCAUGUCACAGACUAGACCAUCAAGGCCUGUCCACAUCAACCUGAACAACAGCCACUCGCCCAAUCACAGGAUCUCCUCCUCCCCCAUCAACUCUCCGCCCACCCCAAACCCAUUCCCGGACCUCCCUGUUUCAGCCAGCCCAACAUCAUGGAUGACCAGUCCAAGAACUGCCUCUGCUCCAAGGAAAGACACAGGCUCGUCCGUGUUAAAGAGACCCACAGAAACCUCCAGUCCCGUGUUGCCUCGUCGCAGAGACGAGUACAGAGACUACAGGGAGAUGAAAAGGGUGAGCAUCAGGAUACACAAGUGUGACGGCACGAGCAAGGCGGUGGAUGUCGGCGAGCAGAUGACAGCGAGAGAGGUUUGCAGCGAGGUCGCCCUUCGCUGUCGCAGCUCCGAUGAGAAGAACUGUGUGUUAAUGGAACACAUUGUGCCUCUUGGCUUGGAGAGAAAUUUGGAGGACCAUGAGAAGGUCCUACAGGUGUGUAACUCCUGGGGAAGGGACAGCAGCAACAAGCUGGUCUUCAAGAAAGACUUCAGAAAAUACGAAGUCUUCUGCAAUCCUUCGCAAUACUUCCCUGAAGAUAUGGUGACAAACUUUGAGGAAAUUGGGUCUCAUUCAGAAAAGGCAGAAAUGGCAAGAAACCUGCAGCUUUUAAACUUGUUAGCAACACCAGGGAGCGUACCCAACCUGCAGGGGUGGCUUCACGUCAGAGACGCUCACAAGAAAAACUGGAAAAAAGUGAUGGUGGUGAUAAAGGGCUCGGGGCUGUACUACUCCACAAAAGGCAAUUCCAUGGAGCCUCGCCACUUGCACUGCUUCAGUGCGUACUCCGACUGUGACAUCUACACAGCCACACAGGGGAAGAAGGUCUUUGGGGCGCCAACAGAGUUCUGCUUCUGUAUCAAGCCCUCCAGACAAAAUGUGGAAAAGCAUGACAUCAAAUGUCUGUGUGCAGAAGAUGAGAGAACAAGACAGUGCUGGCUGACAGCCUUCAGAAUAUCCAAGUAUGGACAGCUGCUGUACAAGAACUACGAGUUAUCGAAGAAAUCCUGGAAGUUUUCAGAUGAGGGCUGUCCCAGUCCCAUCAUCUCACCUGUGAGUGAAACCAGCUGUGAAUCUUUCAAGAAUGGAAACAAAAUACAACAUGAGUGGAACCUGGGCAGCUAUCGCCAGCGUGUGUUGAUGCAGGAAAGCCAGGCCAAGGAAGAAUGGGCGAGAAGUCCGCAGGGUCCAGGUGGGAAGAAUCGUGUGGCGAUGGACUUCACCGGUUACCGAGGCCGAGUCAUCGCCAACCCUAACGAGGCAGUGGCUGUAGCAGUGGAGGAGGGGCAGUCCUGGAGGAAAAGACACUCGAGUGGUUCCAGAGCCCUGGUGGGAAGUCCCCGUAACAGUCCGUUGCUGUCACCACGAUCCUCCAGAUUUCUGUCUUCUCAAGGUGUCCAUCAGACACAACCUUGGUUUCACCAUGGGAUCAACAGAGACGAAGCCAACAACAUGAUGCACAUGCAGGGCAUGGUGGAUGGGUUGUACCUGGUAAGAGAGAGUCAAACCUUCCCGGGAACUUUUGUUCUCACGUUCUGCCACGACCAGAGAGUCAAGCACUACCAGAUACAGCCGACUAUAAUUGAGGACAAGACGUUUUACUCGCUGGAUGAGGGGGAGACAAAGUUCGGUGACCUGGUGCAGCUGGUGGAGUUCUACCAGAUCAACCGGGGGGCGCUGCCGCACAAGCUGACCCACCCCUGUACCGGCACGGGGCUGCGAUGGCGGGACGACGACGGCGACGACUACGGCCUCGUGUCCUUCCCGUUGGCCAAGUCGGCGCCGGCGACGUGACGCUGAUGUUUCAUACGCGACUGGUUUAUUUUUCUUGACCAAAUGUCACCGGGUUGCUUCUCGAGAUGAAUCUCAGACAAGAUGGAGGACGAUUCUGUGGAGCAGGAUGAGGAGAAGUCUGUUGCCAUGGCAACGGACCCUGCUGAUUUCACAGGGACUAUUAAUAGCAGAUGCUAUCAGGGAAUGUUGGCUGGACAAUCUGCUGAAGGAUUGAUCAUAUUUUAUGAUUUAGGAACCUUCUUAAGCCCACAGAGAUGUUUUUAUGAUUCUUGAAUGUUUUAAAGUAAAAGUGAUGUAAGAAGAAGGGGAAGGUAUUCUGUCUUCACAAACAGAUAUCCUGACAGUGGCGCAUUUAUUAUUUUCUGGCAAAAUCAAGCAACCUAAUAAAAUUAGCCUGUGUUAUACAUGUAGAUUACAGAUAAAUGAUUUUGUCCAUCAUCACAACUACUGCCAAAUAUAGGGCAUAUUUCUCAAUCAAGCCUUUCUUUUUUCUUCACAAAGUAGGUACCACACAUAUUUCUUCUAGGCUACUGUCAGAUAUGUAAAUGUUUUCAAUGUUUCCAAUGUUUCUAAGUCUGGAAAACUUGGGGUUAGUAUGAUUGUUCUUUUAAGAACAAAUGUAUUGCUGAAAAAAAGCUACAUUUUGUAUUAUGAUAAUGUAUAGGAAGCUACAGACACGUUUUGUUAUCAUUCUUGGUGGAAUAAAUUUCUUCCAGUCCUUUUUUUUUACAAAAAAUGUAAUAACCUGAUAAAACUAUUCAGGAGUUUAAAGUUUCAUUUUUCUUUGAAUGCUCUUUUUUUUUAAAAGGGAUUAAUAAACUAAUUUUGAGGUAAAUUUUAAUUCUCCAAAUUAUGAUUUAUUGGAAAGCACUUCUCAAAAUGUCUUGCAAAAAUUGCUGCAAUAGUUCUUGAUUAUAAAAAUUCUCAGUUUUCAAUGUUAGUUGUUUUUAUGUCUAAAUGUUCAAGUUAAUUCGAUUUGAUUUCUUUUCUUGUUCUUAAAUGUUUUGUUGAAGAAUCUGUGUUAUAGGAACAGAAAAAACACUUUGUAUUGCACAAACUUCUAGUAACUUGUUUGCCAAUGUAAAGAAAUGAAACUUGUGUCUUGCACUACAAUAUUGUGAGAAGCAUGCAUGUCACUCGUGCAAAGUCACAGCAUAGCUUGUUUGCUGCACAGUAAACUCUACCAUAAUUGUCAGUAGACAAAUAUUUUAUAAUGAUAACAUACGGUUGGGCAGACCCUCUAAUAACUUAACAAUGAAAUAUCUCACUGCCAAAUGUUUUAUGAACCCUUAUUUAACAAAAUGACACAGUCAUAUUUUAAUCCUGAUGUUUAUCUAUUACAUCUACUUUUUGAAGGGCUAUCCUAGCAAUGACAACUUACCAACCAGCGAAGCUUUUGUUCUGGUUCAGUCACAAAAGCAGACUGAAACAGAGCCAAUCACUAACUCCGACCUAAGACAGCCUUUCCAGUAAUGUGCACAACUCCAAGAAUUCAGUUUACAAUUGUACAACAAUUGUGCAACAAACGUGACCGGGUCCUUAACUAUUGCAGCACAGGAAACAAUGGGAAUCUUGCUGAGCAUUUAAGGGGCAUUCAUUGUUUUGGGGUAGGGGCAAUGAAAUGAUUUAAUUGUAAAUUUGU